GAGGUGAUAAUCACCCCAUGCUGUCAACAUGCAAAUGGGUGACCAGCUGGCUUAUUUUUAAACAUUCAAGGCACAAGUUCGGCUGGAGGAGCACCAAACUGGAAGCCGCUAGUUGAGCUGGAAACCCACCGGAAGGUACACCGACUGACAGGUCUGACGCAGGUGGCUUUGUUCGGCCUUCCGACCUUAUCCGAACGGCUCUCGGCUGUUUCCGGCGUUCCUCGGCUGUUUCCGGCAGCCAAGCACAUAUAUAAACCCCCGACUCGUACGCUGGACUCCACAGUACGCUUCGGUACAACACAAAGGAAGGACAACACAAUCCACAGACUUUGCUACAAGUGUCGCAACUCCAGACUUCUGCUACAAGUGUCGCAAUGGCGAAGGUUACGCUGACGCUAGCGGUGUUCCUGGUGACGUUCUACCUGGCGUCGACGUCACCUGUGAGCGACAACAGACAUAAGAGAGAACUGGACGACGGGCAUCCGGUGGCGCCUGGGGGCCUGCCCGGGGGACGAGGUCCGUUCUACCCGGAACCGCCUGGGUACGAGAGUCCGAUAGCAGAAAUCAACAUGGCCACGGAGGAAAUGAAGGAAGGAAUGGAAUUCAUGCAGAAAUACGGCUACUUGAAGGUGGAGGACAUGGGAGAAGAGAUCGCGUCUAUCAGCGACGUUUCCGCCGCCAUCAAGCUGGUGCAGUAUAACUACGGAUUGCGCAUGACCGGAAAGAUGGACGAGUCCACUCUUGAGGCCAUGAGGAGGCCUCGCUGUGGGAUCACUGACGUCAUCGCCAACUUCCAGCUCUCCGGGACCAAGUGGGAGAAGAACCACAUCACUUACAGGAUCGAGAACUUCACCCCGUACCUGACAGAGCGGGAGGUACGGGACACGGUCCGGGAGGCGUUCGGCGUCUGGUCCGACUACACCCCGCUAACCUUCUCCGAGGUGCGCGACCCGCAGAGGACCGACGUCGACAUCCUGGUAGAGUUCGUCAGCGGCGACCACAGCGACAACUCGCCUUUCGACGGAAGGUACGUCCCGAGUACCGGAAGGGGGCAGCAGCUGGCGCAUGCGUUCCAGCCGCCACGUGACUCGUACACGUACCGGAUCGACGGUGACUCGCACUUCGACGGAGACGAGGAGUGGACACUCAACACAGCCCGGGGAGUGAACCUGUAUAUCGUGGCUAUCCACGAGUUCGGGCACGCGCUGGGUAUCAGCCACACACCUAUCCUGGGCGCCAUCAUGUUCCCGGCGUACGUGUACCAGGAGGAGCCCUGCAUGCACCCGGACGACAAGGCAGCCAUUCAAGAACUCUACGGAGCCCAAGAAGUUCCCAACCCCAGACUCCCCAUGUGCAACCUGGCUCCCGAGCGGUGCAACACUCCGGAAUUUGACGCCACCUUGCGAUUCCGAGGGGAACUGUUUUUCUUCAAGGAUGAGUACUGGUUCCGGGUCAAUGGGCGCACAGGUCGCAUAUCCGGUCCGGACCCGGUGCGGCACUUCUGGGCAGACCUUCCCGAGAAACUGGACGCGGCGUACGAGCGCGUGUCGGACGGCAAACUCUUCUUCUUCAGCGGAGACCGUUACUGGGAGUAUGACGGGACCACUCCGGAGGCAGGCAACCCCCGGCCCAUCUCCGACUUCGGCCUGCCCGUCAGCAACAUCGACGCCGCUCUGCCCUGGAGACCUUCCGGCAAGACCUACUUCUUCAAGGGCGACCAGUACUGGCGGUACGACGAGGAAAAUGCCCGGAUGGACGAUGGCUAUCCACGCCCCCUAGCGGUGUGGCGGGGACUGCGCAGCCUCGACGGUGUGGACGCCGUGUUCGAGGGGCCAGAUGGAGACGAUCACAGUUACUUCUUUAAGGACGGGAAGUACUGGAAGUACAGUGAGAAACUGUACCGGAUUGCCCGGGGCUAUCGCUACGGGAAGGACAUCGCGACGGAGUGGCUGGGGUGCUAGACGUUUAUCCUAGCCAGUACCGUGCCUAUCUGAUUCUAUACCUGAAUGGGUUAGUAUCAGACACAAUUCUGGAUAGUCUCUAUUGUAUCCAGAAUCGUGUCUAUCUAGUUCCAUACCUGAAUAGGGUUUGGUUAGGAUCAGACACGGUUCCGGAUAGUCUCUAUUGUACCCAGAACCGUGCCUGGCUAGUUCUAUGCCUGAUGGGUUAGGGUUAGGAUCAGGCACGGUUCUGGAUAGUCUCUAUUGUAUCCAGAACCGUGCCUAUCAAGUGCUAAAGCCUGAAUGGGUUAGGGUUAGGAUCAGACAUGGUCUGGAUAGUCUCUAUCGUACCCAGAACCGUGUCUAUCUAGUUCUAUACCUGAAUAGGUUAGGGUUAGGGUCAGGCACGGUUCUAGAUAGUCUCCAUCGUCUAGUUCUAUACCUGAAUAGCAUCGACACAUGUAUAUAUAUAAAUUUAAAUUUCAAAUUCUUGCCCAAAUUCUAACUGCAAGUAACAGGAAAUAUACAGAUUAACAGACAAUUGAGACACAUGACUAGUCUAUUCUCGAAAGAUUCCAAUUUUUUAGUAAUGAGUGAAAGAGUACUCGUAUUUUUCUUUUUGUCUGUAAACGUGGAAAAAUUAAUGAAAAUUGGUGAGAUUCAGUAACUGUAACAUAGAGAAAGAUUAUUUUGAAUAGCCUUACCGUCAGUUUGACUUUUUGUCACUGAUGAUAUGAACUUUUUCAUCACAAAUCUACAAAUUUAUGAUACUAGGUAUUGUUUUUUUAUACAUUUGUACAUGAAUAAAGAUGUUAAGGAAAUAU